AUGGCCAGAUAUCUAAGAGGUAAAUUUUCAAUUGAAACAUUGAUGUACACAUCUUUUUCUGUACUGACUUUGUUUUGCAUAUCAGCUGCUCUGUAUUCUUAUGUAUAUGUGAAUAUAGUUUCGCAUUAUAUACAAAGCAGCAAUGUACACUAUGUAGAUUGUAAUGACAAGGACAAAAAGAAUGUGGAAGGGAUGCAAAGACUGGAAGAAAUACUGGAUGAAUCGGAAAUCCGUGAGGAAAAGUCAGAGGAAGAGAUUGACAACUGUCAGUGGGCAGUUAGAAGAAUAAUGGGUCAAACACCGUACUUCACCGAGGAUAUUAAUAACGCUGCUCGGCAUGCUCUUGCUGAAUGUAUAUUCAAAGACGAUAACAAAAAUACACAGACUGACGAAAGACAAUUGUCGCAGAUAAUGAAGAAAAAGGCAGCCAAUUUAAAAAGUUGUCACCGCAAUGCAACAACGCAUACAGACUUUAAAAGAGAACUGCACAGAUAUAUGAACCAAACAUCAUCUGUCUUAACGCAGAAGAAUACCAAGAUCGGAUCAAUGUAUACCAAUCUAUACGGUAAAUCUGGAUUACGACUAAACCAGAAAAUGUGGGACAGUCUAAGUAAAAUACAACCUUUUUCAAAAGUAUCACAAUUCAAGACAUGUGCUAUUGUCGGGAAUAGUCACAUUCUGAAAGUCAGUAAGUGUGGUCAUGAAAUCGACAACUAUGAAUAUAUCAUCAGAUCCAAUAUGCCGGAAAUUGGGAAAUCUUCGGUCGACAGCGGAAUCAGGACCAACCUGACAAGUUUAGGUCCCACUUCAAGAACCCUUUACUUAGAAAACACAAAAGGCGAGUUUGACAAAGCCAAAUUUCUGAAGGUGGCAAAGGAGUACACUGGGCAUCUAAUCUGGAUUCACAAUAGUAUGAAUAUUUUUAACAGUGCUGUUUUCAAGGUGACAGAUGCUUUGAAAAAUCACCAUUCACUCAAAUUACUGUUGGCAAACCACGAGUACUUCAGAAAGUUUCAAUAUUUUUUGCAAGAGACAGGACAGACAUUUUCAACAGACAUGGCUUUAAUUGGAAUGAGCAUAUCAUUGUGUGAGGAGAUUCACUUGUACGGUAUCUGGCCAUAUUUAAUAGAUCUUGAGGCCAAUAUACUACAACCUGAUUAUGCAGCAUAUAACAAAUUGUCUAAAAAAGAAAAUAAUUUGAUAGCAGAGUUCAAUCUUUUGCAAAAACUCCAUUGCAUUGGUGUUCUUAAAAUUCAUAUUGAAAAGUGUUUGUGA